AUGAUCCCCGAACGAGGCAGAGCUCUUGCUUCGGGGGGGAUGCGAUCGAUGCAGCUUAUCUUGAGUGGUCGGGCGGGGUCCUUGCCGGAGAUGGCAAGAUCUAUUGCGUGCCCUGGACACAUCCACAGGUGCUGGUCAUCGACUGCAUGGGCAAGAACGUUUCCUUCCUGGACACCUCCACCGGCACGGGCUGCACUGCGGCCUCAUUGGCUGAGCACAAGUGGAGAGAUGGGAUCUUGGCUGAAGAUGGCUGCGUGUACUGCGUUCCAUGGACCGCCGAGUCCGUGCUCCGCAUCGACGUCUGCGGGCGCUCGGCGACCUGCUUCGGAGAGCUGCCGCCGGGCGAAAGCAAGUGGGCAGGAGCCGCGCUGGGCUGCGACGGGCGGAUCUAUU